GGCACAGCGUGUAAACCACGGAUACUGAAGUGUCAACAACAUCCGUCUUCCCGUGACAAUCUCCUAGCUGAACACAUCACCAGCCAUGUCAGGGGGCAGUGCUUUGAACUUAUCGCUGCUCAGCAGGGGAAUCGGCGAAGUGUCUAGAAAUGGCCAUGAAAAAGUCGAGGUUGUAUUUGAACCAGAGGACUAUUUUAACUGGGCCAACAACCCAGAGCGAAUGUUACGCCUCCCAGCUAUACCCCAGCAACAGCGACAGGCUUUCAGUAAAACGCUGGAAAAACACUUUGACUAUGCUAAAGCCGAAAACCUAGCCUAUGUACAUGUACCCAAAACUUUUACAACGAGAAAGGGUGCCUUGUUGCUAUUCUCAGAAGAUCUGGCGACAAAAACAACUCCACGAAAUAUGCAGGACAGAAAACAGCAUCUUGUGACACACAGUAUGGAUGACUUUGAUCUACGGACAGUUGAUGACUUGGCCAAAUCAAUUUUAUCGUAUGGAAAGGAUGAGAAUGCUGAUGGUAUGUACCUGGGAUUUGUCCACCCUCGCAGGUGGUAUCGAGAGACUCGCAGAAUUCGGCCAGGGUUUUCGGCCAAACGUUACCUGUCAACGUGGACACAGUCGUGGGAUGACGCCCUGCUCCAUAAACUUCUCGAUAAAGGUUACAUGACAGAGGGAUCAAUACAGCAGGUCAGCUUUAUACCAAACAAACGCGUGCGCCUCUAUGACGACCUCUCCAAUUGCCCCCGCCCCCUACCGGCUACUGCGAACCAUGCUGCUCUCCCCUGGCUCACUGUCUGGCUACACGUUCUACCGCAUUCGACCACAGUCAGAGCAAUCUGUGAGUAGUGAAAAAGAAGACCAGUCAGGUGCAAGAAGGGAAGAGGGUCAAUCAAAACCAAUUGUUCACAUGCCACAAACUGAGUCACUUGGGAAAAUUAAAGUCGUCCAAUCAAAACACGGGGUUUUGAGUGAA